AUGCUGAUGGCAUUGCCCAAAUGCAGAUUUUUGUGUGUGAGACUUGGGAGAAUAUUUUCCACAAAGCCAAGCACGUCCAUGCCAUUCUUCACUCAACACCGUGUUCAAUUUUUACACAUAAAAGUUGGAGACAAAGCUGAAAUAAUUAAGAAGUUCACAUCAAAGGAUAUUGUUAUCUUUUCUGAAUUAACAGGGGAUACUAACCCAUUACACUUGGAUGAAGAAUAUGCAAAGCAAUCAAGGUUUGGGAGAACAGUUGUACAUGGUGUUUUGAUCAAUGGACUUAUUUCAGCUGUCCUAGGUACGAAAAUGCCUGGGCCUGGGUGUAUCUUCCUUUCUCAGGAAAUUAAUUUUCCCUCUCCUUUAUAUGUUGGAGAAGAGGUUUUGGCUUCAGCAGAAGUGAAGAAAUUGAAGAGAUGUCUUGCUUAUAUUGCAGUGUCAUGUACAGUUGUCCAAAGUGGCAAAAUUGUCAUGGAGGGUAUCGUUAAAGUUGUAGUGUCUGAAGUUCAGAAACCUGUGACCUAAUUGGUAGCUGAGAUGUACUCUUAGCUGCAGUCAAAUAAUUACCUAACUCUAUGAGGAAUUUGAAAGUUUAAUUCCAACGUUUUGAUGUUGAUCUGAUUUAAAAUAUUGCUUUGCCUUUUGUCAAUGUGACAGUGAGAUAGAAUGAAAGCUUCAGAAGAAUGCUGAGGUAAAAAUCAGUAUCUAAAAUGCCUUGAGUUGUUUGUUUUGGAUUUAUAUAUUGGACAGAUUUAGGGAUUGUCAUGUUGGGUUUAACCAGUGACCCCACUAGCUCUGCAUUUUAUCAAUAAAUAAUAACCACCCAGGUGAUAGUUUUAUUGCUUAGACAGUUGGUGCAAUCCAUCCCCUUAUCAUUAACUAGAAGUACAUUGUAGAUCUGUCCUCUUCUUCCUCCCACAAAUGUCAUUUAUAUAAAUAUGUUUGAUAUAGUAUAAGCCGACAAAUAAGAUUAAGAACUUAAUGUUAUUUCCUCAAAUUAUAUUCAUGGAAAAAAAAUCAGUACAAGCCUGGUAUUUUCCUUACACAAAGUAACACUUGACUUCUCUGGAAUGUUAAUCUCAACUAUAACUCUUUUAUCUUCCUUCUGUUUUAACUUUCCCAAUUGAUAAAAAAACUUGUAUUGUUGCUCUUAAUGAUCUGGGUAAUUCUAUUAUGUAAUUAUACGGUGGCUACUGUUUGCAAUCCUUCCACAAUACAUCUUGAUGGGAAAAACCUUAAGAAUAAACCAAAAGCAAUUGGAGAAGCCCAAA